GGCCUUAUGAUUGAUGGGCCUUUGUUUAAACAAAAUUACAAUUAUUAAACAAACAACUAAUAAGGGCGUCGUUCUCGUUUCUAACUCUCUCUUCGUUUGCAUCGCCAUUCAAUUCGCUAGCUUUGCAAUUCCAUAACCCUUCUUAUGGCUGCAUGUGGUUUUGGGGCUUCUGGCCUUAAAUUAACAAACUUGAAUUUAGGUUCCAGUAAGCCCAAAUUGAAUGUAUUGCACAAUCUGAGAACUAAGAAAGUGGUUCAAAGUGAUGGGUUGCUAUUAACCGCGAAAUCAAAGCAGACUUUCGGUUGCCGGUGUUCGACUGUUGAAGCUGAAACUGCAGCAGCAGCAGCUAUUCCCAAUUCAGAUGAUAGUUCAAGAAAGAUCGUUUCUUCAGAAACUGCAAGUCCAUUGAUUCCAAACUCAUAUGAGGUAGAGUCUCUCCUUACAGAAAUAUGUGAUACAACCUCCAUUGCAGAAGUUGACCUAAAACUCGGUGGGUUUCGUUUAUAUGUGAAGAGAGACUUGACGGGGCAAAGUACAACUUCAUUGCCUCCAGUAUCCAAUCCUGUCAGUGUUCAGUCAACUGUUGAAGUGGCUGAGUCAAAUGGCUCAGCCUCGUCACCAUCAUUAGCCAUCACGAAAACUUCACCUCUCUCAGAUGGAAUUCAGACGAUGAUUGAUAAAGCUGCGGAUGAAGGCUUGGUGAUAAUUCAAUCUCCUAGGGUUGGCUACUUCAGAAGAUCUCGAACCAUUAAGGGAAAGCGUGCACCUCCAUCCUGUAAAGAAAAGCAACAAGUGAAGGAGGGACAAGUAGUUUGCUUUAUUGAGCAGCUUGGAGGCGAGCUCCCUGUUGAGUCUGAUUUAACUGGAGAAGUUAUCAAGAUACUCCGAGAAGACGGGGAUCCUGUUGGAUAUGGUGACCCUCUAAUCUCAGUCCUUCCUUCUUUCCCUGGAAUAAAGAAGCUUCAAUAGAUGUUCUUGUAGCAUAUGCCUUCUGGCCCGAGUUCAUUUUUUCGAGAGAAUACUCAAGUUGAAAUUUUUUGAUUGCCUUUGUCAAACCUGCGGAAUUUUAUUUAACCUUGUUUAUUUGUUUCAAAUAUCUAACUCCAAUCUGCACCUACAAUUAUGAAGAAACCAGAAUCUACACUCUUUCGUUUGCAA